AUGAACCAAUCUACUUUAUAACAAUCCACUGCCUUGAACUCAUCUAUAGCAUAAAGUCACAUCUCCAAAAUAAUGAAUAAAACCUUCCUUCUAAGUGAACAUGAUUCUCAGAUGAGAGAAGUGCUUCAAAUUAAUUAUAAGGAUGAGCAUCAAAGUUUUAAGAAUGAGAUUUCAAUGAUCCAAGGAGCUAAGGAUUCGAUAACCUCGGGUGCAUAUCUUAGUAAUAUUCAGAAGGAAAGAGCUGACCAAUUUGAUGUUGUAUUAGCACAGCGGAAGUUUCUUUGGAAAUAAGAAGAAUAGUUAUAUAAAAAUAUUGAUGAUUUGAAGAAAACCAAUAAAAGAUUUUAAGAUAGUGUUUCUCAUUAUGGAGUUCGAAAUCACAACUUGGAAACUGAAGUUAAAUAAAAGUAUGAUUAAAUCUAAACAAAACUAAAUUCAGUCAGAGAGGAGAGGAAAUAAUUGUUGAAGAAUUUUGAGCAAAUCUAACAAUAAUAAAUUACUAGUCGCUCUAAGUUAUCUAAUGUGGGAUAGCAAAUUCUUGACAAUCCAUAAUACAGAUCUAUGAUGGACUUUAUCAAUUAACAAGAAAAGAAAGUAGAAGCUAUGAAGAUUGAAUACAAUGAUCCAGCUUCUAAUUAAAUAAUUCCGUUUGAUAAAAAACUAUAAUAAAUGGCUGAAAAUACAUUUGAAAAACAGGCUAGAUUCCUAUAUUAAGGAACCAAAUUUGAAGGCAAUGACUAAUAAAAAUUGGCAGCAUUAAGUACAUUAAGAAACAAAAUUGAAUAAUAUAUUGAUGACAGAGGACUUUAAGGAGUUAUCUUGGAUAUGCCAUUUAAAUUAAAUAUGACUAAAGAGUAAGAAAGUACUCAUAAGGUUGAAUAUAAUCAAACCUUAGCAGAGAUUGAUAAAAUUAGAAAAGAUUAUAUCCAUUCAGGAGGAACAGAUCCUAAUUUUCUGAUAUCAGUAAAUAAUUUGGAGAGAUAUUACAAAAAUAAUCAUCCUAUAGGAAGGUAAGAGAUGCCUGAUAAAUUGAACAUGAAUCUAGAAGAGAGAGGGCCCAUUACAUAAAAUCCUAUAUACUAAUAUUUACCUUAAACCUUUUAAAAAGAGAUUUUAGAGUUGGAAAACUAGGUUUAGAUUUAGAGAGAAGCGGAUCGAAGAAAUCCAAAUUUAAACAAGGAAUUAUUGAGGAAUCCAGUUGAUGUCGACGACUCUAGUAAGGCGGAUGAGAUGAUGCUUGAAAAUUUAAGAUAAUAAGAAAUUAGUAUAAUGUUAACAGACCAUAUGACUGAGGAGAAUAAAAGGAAAUAUGAUGAAAUAUAGAAAUUAAAAGAGAUUUACGAAAAGAGGUUCUUGUAGAAGAAAGUAUAGGAAUAAUUGGAAUUGAAAUAAGUUGAAGAAGACGUUUUGAAUUUUAAAGGGAGACCUUAGGAUAAAUUAAAUUAUUUAUAAUACCUUUAGGGCUAAAUAGGUACAAUGCCAUUGCAUUAUGAUCCAGAUGGAGGAUUCAUUGUUAGAUUAGAUUUUGUAAAUAAAUUACCCAUUAUUUAUGAACAUGUCAAGAUUAGUUAUGGGUUAUUUAUUAGAAAUUUAGAUGAGCCUCACACAAAGAUGACUACUUAAUCACAUGAGUGUACCUAAGAAAAUAUAUUCUAGAAGAAAUGUAUAAUAUAGGAAAGGUUUGUUGAAAGAAAUCAUGAGGUAUACAAGGAUACAUAUCUUUAUAUGAUUCUGUGGUGUUACAAUUAAGAUUAUGGUAACGGUGCAGCUCCAUUUUAAGUAGGAUGGACUCUGCAUAAAGUGUUUGAUGAAGAGAAUCUAAUUUCAGGAUGUUUUCUUUUACCAUUUUACAAUGCUUCAUUCACAUUUGAUUUACAUAAGCAGGUGGAAAUCUAAGAAAUCAAAUUGGGUUUGCGAAUCAGCAUGCCUGGUGACGCUGUGUUGGACAUGGAUACCAAGAUAAUGAAUAUUGUUGAUUAUAAGUUACAGCCUUUGCAUUAAAAGUAAUAGGAUGUUAUAGAUCUGGAAAAGCAAUUUAAAUUUAAAGAACAUAGAGUAUUCCCUAUUCCAAAAGAACUUCUAUAUAUGCAAUGCAACAAUCCUUCAUUAUGGAAAUCUGAACUUCCUCCUAAUGUAUACAAACUGAUGGACUUUGGUUUCCUCAAUGAACAAUAAGCAGCAGUGAAAUAGCAAUAGUUAGAAUAUAAUGAAAGAUAAUAGAAUCGUUUAAAUAGACCCAAUAGAAGAAUCUUUGGUAAGCAAGGUACAGCAUUAAGAGGAUAAACAGACAAAAAACGCACAAUGCUAACAUUUAAGUAGAGACUAGCAUUAAAGAAGGGAACACCAACACCUAAUACAAAUAAAUCAAAGUCAAGAGAUAAAGAACUUUCCUAACGACCUGAUAGUAAGGCUGAUACUUCAAUGUAAAAAAUAUAAGAAGGCAGAAGUGCUUAAAGAGUUUAAGAGAAAGAAAAAAGUACUAUAAUGUCUACAAAACCAAGGAAAAUAAUCUUUAAAUUAAGAUCACUAUCUCAACUACAUGCUGGGUCGAUUACAUCGUUCUACAUGAAAUUAGCACUCUUCCAAAAUAUUAAACUAAUAGAAGAUGACUCUAAGAACAUGUGUGUAUUCAAUAAAGAAUUAGAACCUGAUGAAAAAGGCGAUAAUUAUUUUAAUUAUACUGAAACCUUUACUUUUGAUUUAAAUCUAACCAACUAUUUUCAGGAGUAGAAUUAAGAAGAUAUCUUGAAUACUUAUUUAUUUAUUGCAAUAUUCAAAGAUAAAAUAGAUUUAUUUGGUUGGCACGCUUUGUAAGUCUUUGAUUUUACAGACGAUUAAUAUAAAAUAAGGAGUGGCAUCUACUCUGAAAAUCUGUACGGACCACCAGGUUAAGCACCUCCUUUUAAUUUAAAUAGAACCAAGAGAACUAAUAAUUAAAUCAACUUUAUCAUUAUGUAAGAUGAUGAUAGGGUUCUUUAAUUGCCAAAUUAUGAUAAUUAUAAGCUCGAUUAAAAAUUGCUAACAGAAGAAGAUAGAGAAUAGAAAAAGAAACUUUACAGUGUUGCAAAUCCUAAAUGGAACACUUAAAUCAGAUUGGACAUCACACUUUUAAAAAAUUUCUCAUAAAAGGAAGAUUUCAUUAUGAAAACUUUUGUAAUAGAACGAGAGAAUAUUAUUAUAGAUGUUUUGGAUAGACAAUGUAUUAGACAUGAUAAUAUUGAAAUAUUUGAAGGGCAAGGCAAAGGAGAAAUGAUUGUAAAUCAUACAAUUAUUCUGCGUAUUGGUACAAGAUAUCUAAUCGAUACUUAUACAUUGACAUUUAAGAAAUUAGCUUAUUUAUUUAAUUUUAUCUACAAAAAUGAAAUUAUUGGAAGUUGUUAAAUGAAUUUGUUUACAAGUAGUGGAACACUAAACAUUGGAUAAUAAAGUGUAUUUGUUCAUGAUUUGGAUGGCAGUGGCAAAAUUGGGAAAAAGACAAAUCGAUAAAUGUACUUCUUCAUUCAAGAAGAAAAUUUAAAUCUAAAUGAUAUCGAAGAAACACCAAAGUAUGCUCAACACAACAAAGAAAAAUAAGAAAAUCUUUAAUUCGAUUAAAAUAAAGGAUUAGUUAUUUAAAUCGAUUCCUUAACUGAUUAUGUGAAUUAGAAAUCAGUAGAUUUUACAAUAUAAAUUUACAAUGGGAAUGAACCAGCAAUUGAUGAAGAUGGAAUCAUAUGUGCUUAUACUAGUUCUAAAAAAUAUCAAGCAUCUGCUAAUUAAAGUGUACUCAUCAAUGGAUUUGCUUAUUUUAAAUUACCACUCACUUAACUUUUACAUAAAAAAGUCGAUUUAGAUAAGUUUUAUGUCUUCAUCUCCUUUCAAGAUUUGGGAUGGAUAAGUUUCCAAUUAUUUGUGAAUGGUCAACUCAAUAGUUCAGAGUUUGUUGGUAAAUUGUUUUAAGGAGAAGUACCUGCUCCUCCUGUAGAUUACACGGCUAUUAAAAAAAUAAAUACAAAGAUUUCGUAUUCUGUUAGGUUUGACUAUAAACCAAAUUAAGAAUACAAUGACGAUGAAAUUCAAGAAAGUCGUCCUUAAAUUCAUAAAAGCGGAACAUCAAAAUUUUAAUAAUCUAUUCCUAGUGAAUAGGUAGCAAAAAUAGCAUCAAGAAGAACUAUGAACUCCACAGAAAAUACUGAUAAAUUAUUAAUUGUGCUUAUCAAUAUCAAUGGAUUUCUAGAUCAGGCAGUACUGAUUAUUAAAGGACUUCUAAUGAUGGAUAGCAAACCUCUUUUAGAUAAGAAUAAUUAAAUUUGUUCUUUUAAGACUGAUAAGGUUAAUAAUGUACAAAAAGUGGCAUUCUUUAAUAACAUGAAGUUUGCUUUCCUUUUUGAUACGACUAGUUUGAACAUGGAAAGUUAUUUGUUUUUAUCAGUAUUAGAUGAAUCUGAAACUGUUAUCGCAUGGUUUGGAAGAAGGCUUGUUUCAUCAGUCGGAAAGGUUGUAAGAGGGUAAUAAUUUGAAUACUUAUUUGCACCACCACUAAUGAGACCCCCUCUCGAUAAAUCAAAAAUCACUGCUUUACCAUAGUCGAUAUAAUUUGAAAUUAAAUGA